AUGGAUUGCCUGGGCGAGGCGCCACUAGUAACGGAAGAACCAUGUUUCGACGCGGUUCUAGCAGCAGCGGACGAACCGCAUUUCGACGCAGCGCCUCUAGCAGCGGGGGGACCACCAUGUUUCGACUCGGACGCGCUCCCAGCGGGGGAGCUUCAAGCCGCGCUGCUGCGAGAGGCUCUUCAAUCCGAGUCGGAUUGGAGCAGCAUGGGCAGGGAGGAGCUCCGCCUGAUCCACGAAGCCCUGCAGCGCGCCGAGCAGCCCACAGAGUUGACUUUUAAGUCGACUCAAGAGUCAACGGGCAGGGAGGAGCUCCGCCUGAUCCACGCAGCUGUGCAGCGCGCCGAGCAGCCCGGCGGACUGGGUGAUUCCGCUUUGACCGCCGCCGCGCAGCACGGGCUGGGAGAUUUAGAGCCCGCGUUGAUCGCCGCCGGCGAUAAAAAUCUUGCCGAGCCGGAUUUAAGCGCGGAGCGGCACGCACGGCCAGUGGUGCGAGCGCCGGGGAGUGAAGGAGAGAGUCGGGUUGGAGUAGCACCCUCAGCCUCAGCAGGGGGGCUUCUGCAGGAUCAUUUUGUUGGGAAUGGGGCUUUUGGGGAGCUAUCCCCUCCCAACCCCCUGCUGGCUCAGACGCGGGAUGAGUCUGGUCGUUCCCUUCCGCUGCUUCCUGCGCAGCUACUGGCUCAGCAUCUGCCGCCUAAUCAGCAUCUGCCAGCUCAGCAGCCUUCACAGCGCAGCACCUACCCUCCUCCGCCUGCCUGUCGCUCCUUCCCCUCACCAUCCCUUCCCUCGGCCCUCAACCCGUCAACGGCUUUCAUGACUCACAAAACACCCGCCUUCAUGCCAACUUUUGGCACGAAGCGAAGGCUUCUAGCUGCUCAAAUCAGUAGCCUUGCUGAUAUGGACGCUUUUCAGGCGCGGAAGAGGUUAUGUGAUAACCCUGUUUCUGUUGACUCCGGCCCUCAAGGCAGUGAUACCAGCGGAGGUGCUGCUGAGGCAGCAGGGGCGAGCAAGUUUCGAGAUGUCUCUAAAGUCUCUUCUGUUCCUUGCAUCCCUCUCUCGCCCUUCAUCUUCCGCCUCCCAUGUGUGCCUUUCAGUGAGCGACUGGAGGCCCUCAAGGCAGUGAUACCAGCGGAGGUGCUGCUGAGGCAGCAAGUUUCGGCAGGAGGCCCUCAAGGCAGUGAUACCAGCGGAGGUGCUGUUGAGGCAGCAGGGCCGGGCAAGUCUCGAGAUUUUUCUAAAGUCUCUUCUGUUCCUUGCAUUCCGCUUUCACCCUUCCUCCUCCCAUGUGUGUCUUACAGUGAGCGACUAGAAGCCCUCAAGGCAGUGAUACCAGCGGAGGUGCUGCUGAGGCAGCAGGGGCGGGCGGGGUUCAGCAAUCGCACGCAGAUCGCCACUCUGCUGGAUGCUGCCGUGGGGUUCAUUGAGGGAAUGCGCCAGUACAAGCUGGAGCUGCAGAGGCAACUUCUGGCCCCGUAA